AUGAGAGAUUACAAGUCUGCAUUAGAAUCACAUCAACAUGCUCUUCAAAUCAGAUUUAAACUGUUUGGAGAAGAUCAUUGUGACACUGCUGAAAGUUAUACCUACAUUGGGAUCAUACAAAGUGAGAUGAAAGAUUACAAUUCAGAAUUGGAGUCACAUCGACAUGCUCUCCGAAUCAGAUUAAAAUUGUUUGGAGAAGCUCAUUCUGAUACUGCUCAAAGUUAUUACAGCAUUGGAGUCGCACAAUACAAGAUGGAAGAUUACCAGUCUGCAUUAGAGUCAGAUCAACAUGCUCUUCAAAUCAGAUUAAAAUUGUUUGGAGAGAAUCAUUCUGACACUGCUCUAAGUUACUACAGCAUUGGAGUCACACAAAAUAAGAUAGAAGAUUACAUAUCUGCUUUAAAAUCACAUCAACAUGCUCUUCAAAUCAGAUUAAAAUUGUUUGGAGAAGAUCAUUCUGGCACUGCUGAAAGUUAUACCUACGUUGGAAUCAUACAGUAUAAGAUGAAAGAUUACAAUUCAGCAUUGAUGUCGCAUCGACAUGCUCUUCAAAUUAAAUCAAAAUUGUUUGGAGAACAUCAUUCUGAUACUGCUCUAUGUUACUACAGCAUUGGAGACACUCAACAUAGAAUGAGAGAUUACAAGUCUGCAUUAGAUUCACAUCAACAUGCUCUUCAAAUCAGGUUAAAAUUGUUUGGAGAAGAUCAUUGUGACACUGCUGAAAGUUAUACUUACAUUGCGAUCAUACAAAGUGAGAUGAAAGAUUACAAUUCAGAAUUGGAGUCACAUCGACAUGCUCUCCGAAUCAGAUUAAAAUUGUUUGGAGAAGCUCAUUCUGAUACUGCUCAAAGUUACUACAGCAUUGGAGUUACACAAUACAAGAUGGGAGAUUACCAGUCUGCAUUAGAGUCAGAUCAACAUGCUCUUCAAAUCAAAUUAAAAUUGUUUGGAGAGAAUCAUUCUGACACUGCUUUAAGUUACUACAGCAUUGGAGUCACACAAAAUAGGAUGGAAGAUUACACAUCUGCUUUAGAGUCACAUCAACACGCUCUUCAAAUCAGAUUAAAAUUGUUUGAAGAAAAUCAUUCUGGCACUGCUGAAAGUUAUACCUACAUUGGAAUCAUACAGUGUGAGAUGAAAGAUUACAAUUCAGCAUUGAAGUCGCAUCAAAAUGCUCUUCAAAUCAGAUUAAAAUUGUUUGGAAAAUAUCAUUCUGAUACUGCUCUAAGUUACUACUGCAUUGGAGACACACAAUACAGAAUGAGAGAUUACAAGUCUGCAUUAGGGUCACAUCAACGUGCUCUUGAAAUCAGAUUUAAAUUGUUUGGAGAAGAUCAUUGUGACAUUGCUGAAAGUUAUACCUAUAUAGGGAUCAUACAAAGUGAGAUGAAAGAUUACAAUUCGGAAUUGGAGUCAUAUCGACAUGCUCUUCGAAUCAGAUUAAAGUUGUUAGGAGAAUCCCAAUCUGAUACUGCUCAAAGUUAUUACAGCAUUGGAGGUACGCAAUACAAGAUGGGAGAUUACCAGUCUGCAUUAGAGUCACAUCAACAUGCUCUUCAAAUCAGAUUGAAAUUGUUUGGAGAGGAUCAUUCUGGCACUGCUGAAAGUUAUACCUACAUUGGAAUCAUACAAUGUGAGAUGAAAGAAUUCAAUUCAGCAUUGAAGUCGCAUCGACAUGCUCUUCGAAUCAGAUUAAAAUUGUUUGGAGAAUAUCAUUCUAAUACUGCUCUAAGUUACUACAACAUUGGAGACAUGCAACAUAGAAUGAGAGAUUACAAAUCUGCAUUAGAGUCACAUCAAUGUGCUCUUCAAAUCAGAUUAAAAUUGUUUCGAGAAGAUCAUUUUGACACUGCUGAAAGUUAUACCUAUAUUGCGAUCAUACAAAGUGAGAUGAAAGAUUACAAUUCAGAACUGGAGUCACAUCGACAUGCUCUUCGAAUCAGAUUAAAAUUGUUUGGAGAAGCUCAUUCUGAUACUGCUCAAAGUUACUAUAGCAUUGGAGUCACACAAUACAAGAUGGAAGAUUAUCAGUCUGCAUUAGAGUCACAUCAACAUGCUCUUCGGAUAAGAUUAAAAUUGUUUGGCGAAGAUCAUUCUGACAGUGCUCAGAGUUAUUACAGCAUAGGAGUCAUGCAAUAUGAGAUGAAAGAGUACAAUUCAGCAUUAAAAUCGCAUCGACAUGCUCUUCAAAUCAGAUUAACACUGUUUGGAAAAGUUCAUCCUUACACUGCUGAUAGUUAUACCUACAUUGGAAUCACACAAUAUGAGAAAAAAGAUUACAAGUCAGCAUUAAAGUACGAGCAACAUGUUCUUGAAAUAAAAAAGAAAUUAUUUGGACAAGAUCAUUCUGACACUGCUGAUAUUUAUACCUUCAUCGGAGUCAUACAAUAUGAGAUGAAAGAUUACAAGUCAGCGUUAGAGUCACAUCAACAUGCCCUUCAAAUUAGAUUAAAACUGUAUGGAGAUGGUCAUCCUGACACAGCUGCAAGCUAUGACAAUGUUGAACUAGCACAAGACCGCGUGAAAAGUGGCGCUGGCAUUAGACUGGAACAAAAGAAGUCAUCAGAUUUAGUAAAAUGUUUGUUGAGAAGAAUAUUUCACAAAAGUGUAACAACACAUGAAAUAAUGAAAGACAGCAUAUGA